AUGAAGCGGUUGAGCUUGAGCCUCUUUGAAACGAAAACAAACCUCAGCGGGCUCUCGACUGGUCCACUCGCCGACAGAUUGACGAGUGACGUUAUAGUCGGUUUGAAACUACACCAGAACCACAACUGCAGCGGGCUCGCGAACGAACAGCCGCGAGGCGGAAAGACAAAGAUGAAGAGCUUACUCAUUAAGUCCUGGGUGAGGGCUAAGGUGUUAGCAUGAGCAGCUAGCUUGACCAGCUGACACUUCCAGCACAAACACACGCGUUCAACGCUUACGUCCCAAGAGAUGUAUCUCACUUUUGUAGACACACGUUUGCAAAGGGACAAAGCCGCGUCCUAGAUGUUGCUCACAUGUAAAGGUUGGGCGAAUGAAACUGUUCCUCGGUCCAUGAACCCGACUCCAGACACCACUUCGUCCAACCUGAACCGUCUAUCUUCGCAGGCUGGUCGCUACAGCCGGGGGCAUGCUGGCUCGGUCCUGUAGCGCGAGGAAAGGUGCAGCAUCAUGGACGACUCGGACCAGGAUUUCGUGGAUCUCUGCUCAAAGCUGCUGAAACGAGUCCGCAGGAAACCAGGCGAGUCGAGGCCGCCGCGGAAUGCACACCAGCCCCCCAGUCAGGCGGGCGAGGGAGACAGGAGAAGGAGGAAUAACACGAAGGACGGUGACUGUGGGUCAAAGGUCACCGGGACCCAGUCUGUCUGUACUACCAGAGCAGGCCAGCGCGUGGUCAGCGGAGGGACCGAACACGCUUCGGGAGAGGCGGUGGCUCCAGCAGCAGCAGGAUCCAGGGCCGAGAGAGGUCUGACAGCGAAAGACAAAGUGCUCCUCCGGAUGCAUCAGUUCAAGAGAGCCAGUCCUCAGAGGAUGGUGCACAGAGACACAAGCCGGCCAACACACCGUGAGGUCGAUGCUGGACCGCAACCACUGCCACACAGACAAGAUCCUCCGGAACCCUGCAGCUCUGCUGUCCAGCCGGACAGUGACGAGGCGUUGGCCCUGCGGCUGCAGCGGCAGCUGGACAGAGAGGCGGCGGCGUCUGGGACGGUGCACCUGGAGGACGGAGGCCUCUUCUUCUGUCAGAUCUGCCACAGAGACCUGUCACACAUGACCCCCGAGGGGCGAACACAACAUCUGAACAGGUGUUUGGAUGAGAGUGAAGGAAGCGCCCCACCCCCUCCUCCUCCUCCUCCUGGUGUCCCUGAGUGUCCCAUCUGUGGUAAGAAGUUCAAGUCCCAGAAGAGUCGCUCGACCCACCUGAAGCGCUGCUCCUCAGACAUGGGCGUAGCUCCGGCUGUGUUGCUGCAGGUUCUACAGAGACAGGCAGAGGAGACCCAGAUCGUCUCCACUGCCAACACUGUACACAGACAGACUGGAGGCACCAAAAGGAAAGGCCCCUCUAAGCCUGGCCUCCCAGCGAGGAAGAAGCCCAGGAAGAAGACUGCUCCUCUGGAUGAAGACACCAUGGUGGCUCUGGCUCUGUCCUCCUCCCUGCUGGUACAGGAGUCUGCUGCCUCUCACACCUCCAUGACUCCAACUCUGAUGUGGAGGCCAGACGCAGCUAAAGGACGUGCUAAGAAGAAAAAGGGAGCUGCCCCUCGUCCCCCUCCGCUCCUCCUCGUUCAGGAUGCUCAGGCGGCCCUGGUGAGGCUGCAGGAACGCGUUUCUGCUCUCCUCCUACGCAACCGGGCCCCCUCUCCCCCCACCCCGACCCGCUGCCCCAGCAGUCUGCGUGGCUGUAGUAGUGCUGCCCCCCUGUGGCAGAAAAGCACACUGCUGAGCGGCAGCUCCACCCAUCUGUCUGAUUUCUACACUCAAGAGCUCAGCGAGUUCAUCACGCCUUGGGAAACGCCAAAGACUGAUGCAGCCUCCUCAAACGCCGGCAACAAGCCUGAGUCCUCUCUCCGUCCCAUCAGUGGAGGAACUCCUGUCGCAGGGACCACGGCCUCCGUCCCGCCUCCUUCAUCGCAGACUGCAGCCUCCUCCUCCUCCUCGGCUCCCUCCACCCCGGGGACAGGGCAGCUCCCGGUCGGCAGCCAGGCUCUGUGGGACCUGAUGGAGCUGGCUGAAGACGGCAUGACCCUCACACAGUGCGGAUACACCACCUCGGGCCCAGACAAAAACAAACAGAGCAGCGCCAGUCAGUCCGCAAAUCUCCACCUCAGCGGCUUUGUCCUGCAGGAGGCAGAGGAGCAGGCGGACCCGUGUGUGAGCGGCUUCCUGCCAGAAACGGCACACACAUCCUCGGAGGACACCCAGAGCCGAGCACGGGGCAAAACCCAUCAGCCAGGAGAAGAUAAAGAGCGAGGCAGCCAGCGAUCGGCAGCACUAACCAGACUUGCCUCAGACCUGAGCAGCAUGGUGAACAACCCUCAGCUCAGCGACCUGCAGCUGCAGGUGGACAGUGGAGAGGUCUACUUCGCCCACUCCUUCAUGGUGUACGCUCGCUGCCCCCUGCUGGCAGAAAUGGUACACGAAAGUGGUAUUGGUGUGCAGGAGCGAGACGCGCCCGCAGCCAAGAGGGUGUUGAUGAGUGAUGUCCCGGGACAGGCAGUGUUCGCUCUGCUGCAGUACCUUUACACCGCCCGCUGCACUGUCCCCGCCUCGCUGCGGCCUCAUGUUGUGGAGCUGUCAUCCAGGUUUGACCUGCAAGAGCUGCAGCGGCUGUGUGAGCUCCAUCAAGAGGAGGCGCCGACUCAAGGAGAUGAGGCCGACGCCACGAACCAGGACGGGAGCGUCAACGACAAAACUGACCACGCCUUCAUGGAGCUUCUCCGCUCAAUGUGGAAUGAAGAUGACGAGGAAGACGAGGGGACGGAUACUGAUGGAGGACAUAACGACGAGAGAGGGACGGAAGAAGAUCGUCAAACCGAUGAUGCUGCGUCUGGUGAAAGAGAGGUUUGUGAGGAGCAAGUGAACGAGGAAGAGUUGGAGGAGAUCUACGAGUUUGCAGCCACACAGAGAAAGAGGGAGGAGGACGAGGAAGACAGUGUGGAGGAGGAAAAGGUGCAUGGUGGAGAAGAGGUGUUGACCAAACUGGCAGAAGCUGAAAGAGACGUCGGUGAUAAAACCUUGAAGCCAAACCCUCGACUUGAGCCAGACCCCCGCCUCGAUCUCAGCUACAGCCGCCUCUUCUCAGACUCGUUGGGAGUCUACGAGGAUAAAGAAACCUGCUCCUCCUCCUCACCCUCACCCUAUGGCACACCGCAGAAACACCAGUCCUCUCAUAAACCUUCAUGUGAACUCUCCGGCAGAACUCUGCUUCAGUCCUCACCAAGCAUGCUCGACGAAUUUUCCCCCAGCCCUCCGCCUAGUACGUCCAACCGUCCUAUUCCUGGUCUGUCCCCUGGUCAAGUGGGUGGUGGCGGAGACAAGGGCACAGACGCUGUUGAAUUGUCUCUGAAGCGAGAGAGCCGAGGUAUCUGUGUUCUCCUUUCUCCUGAUUCACGUCCGAAAAAGAAGGAGCCUGAGCUCAUAGUUUUGUCCGACUCGAGCGAGGAGAUGGAGGUGGACGUUGCUGUUCUUAAUCCCUGCAGUCCUUCGCCUCAUUCCCCUUUCGCUGAUCAGAACCUGCAGAGCUACACCCACAUCAAAGAUCAGUUAGUCCCAAAGCCUACUGAACACAGCAUGGAGAAUAAAGUGUCCAGUAGUUUACAGUUGAGUCCAAGUGGUCCAUCUGCAGCCUUGGUUCAAAGUCCUACAGGUUCCGGUUGUGACCAGAGUCCAGUGGACUGUUCUCUCGAAGUCUCCUGGCUGAUCCCGUCCACACCGGUGCAGCACAGAAGAGGUACCGGGACCAGCUCCAACAAGUCCAGCUCCACCCAGACCAAAAGCAGCAUGUGCAGGACGCAGCUGUUCCCUAAACGUGAUGCUUCUUCAUCCUCUUCCCUCUGCUCAGCUUCUGGCCACACUGGCCCAACAGAGGGCAGCGUUCCCAGGUUGGAACUGGAUGAGACGGCUCCGUGCAGCUCCAGCUUGGAUGUCAACUCUUCUCCUAAAAGAACCGGUAGCUAUGAUGGAGGUAAGAACAGAGAACACCAACCUAAGCUUUCAGACGUCUCGAGCUCGACUCACCGUCAUCCCCUCCUAGCAUCCUUAAAGCACGAUACACCCCACCACGUCCAGCCACAGCCCUGCAGCAGCACUCCCCUGCAUACAGACAUCCAACAGCCCCCUGCCCCCACUGCCUCCCCAUUCAUCAGAGACCUUGAUAAGCAGAAGUUGACUAGUAAAGGAAGUAAUAGGGCGUCAUCUGAAAGCCCAGAAAGGACAGAGUUGGGGAGCUUUCAUCUUUCCCCCUCGCCCAACCCCUUGGAGCCGCCCUCUUCUUCGUCUCACAGAAGUCUUCAUAGUUCACAGAAACAAAACCAGUCGUCCGGCGAAAGCCGACGUUCUGUUGAGUCCAGCAGACAUGAGAGCACAGGGGCUGAGCUCAAGAGGGCGGGACUAAUGAACGAGGAGGGAGAAAAUAAAGACGCGUGUAAUGAAGGUGAGCAGGAAUACGCAAAUGAAGAAAGCGGAGAGGCGGAGGCUGCAGAGUCCAGCUUCCGGCAGAGUUUCAUGGAUGAGCCUCCCAUAGCUUUCAACGACUCUUGGGGCUUUGACGCCUGCGUCGAAGCCAACCCAGGCCGCUUCAGUCUUAGGCUGGAGGACAGCGGAGGAUCGAGCCAGCUGGAGCACAGCCCGGGAAGACGCGGAACGACCUCUAUCGACCGACAUCCGCAGUCAUCUAGUCACUGUAUGCAGUCCUCCUCUCCAUCCAAAGCCCUCAGCGAACAACCAACCACCAGCGUCCAGGCUUGUAGAAGCUCUUCCUUCACUCCAUCGCCACCAGACCCUAACAACAGCCUCCUGGCCACUAACGUAUGGGACAGCUGGCAGGAGGAAGAGGAGGAGCCUCCUCCUCUCUCUCAGAGGAUGAACCCCUCUGCUCAGCUCAGAACCCCAGCAUCUUCGCACAAUAAAAAGCGUCGCUCGUUGGUGCCCAUCACUCCCAUGCCCCACUACUCUGACAUGGACACACCGGACCUCAAAAACAAACUCAACAGGUUUGGCGUUCGGCCUUUGCCAAAGCGCCAGAUGAUCCUCAAACUGAAGGAGAUCCACCAGUACACCCACCAGCUGGUCAGCUCGGACUCUGAGGAGGAAACACCCACUGCGGGGUGCAACGCUCAGAUGAAGCCCCCCCCCGACUCCAGGCCGAUCUCCCGCACCCAGACGGUGAGGUUUAAAGAGCCCAGAGCGCCUUCUGCCGCCUCCCCUCAGGAACACAGAGGAGAGGAGGAGGAGGAGGAGGGAGAGCGGCUGUCUGCCUCACAGGGCUCCAACACCUCCUCCACGGCCGCCAGUGAAGAAUCUGAGAGGUCCAACCCAGAGCUGUGUCUGUCUUCCGAUGGCGACUCAGACAGCGAUGGCGGCAUCUCGGCAUCCCAGUCUGCAACUCGCCUUCAGGAUCGCCUCGGGGCCGUGCGCUCCUUUAUCCUGUCGGACCCCGGGCUGUACAGUCAGAUCCUCCAGUACCAGCCUCUGGUCCUCUCCCAGCUCCAAGAGCGACUCAAGGCGGCUGGGAUCCGGCUGGGUGCCGCCAAGCUGGUGGACUACCUGGACUCUCAGUGCAUCACCUUCACCACGGCCAAACGGGGCCGCUCCGCCCCCAGCCGCAGGGGGGGCCGCAGGACAAAGGCAGCGGGUGUGAGAGGAGCGAACAGGAAAAAAAACGUUACCGUUUCACUUUGAAAUGCAAUGACUGCAAGAAGUGGCAGGUUUUACUUCAGCCUUUGGAACAUUUGUCCGACGAUAUCUUUCAGGGAAGGAAGAAGACGUUAAUUAUUAAGUUUUAAAAGGUUCUGUUUGUCCCUGAACCUUGCUUCCUCCAAAAUAGAUUUGACCACUAUGUGGUAAACAUACAAACUGUUUCUUCAGCACAGGUUCUUCGUUUUUAAAUGUAACUUUGAAUGUUAAUAUGCCCUGUGGUCCCCGAAGGAUAAUAAUUAUACAGCAACCAAUCUUAAUCUAAAAAAGGAAUUUUACACACAAUCUAAUCAUCUUCAUCUGGAGUGGUGCGAAGAUCUAAGGUGCUAUUUCCCCUCUAUUAAUACCAAGUCAGGACAAAAAGAAUGAAACUCAAAGAAAUUCCACACAAUUCUUUUUUUGAAAGCCAUUUUACUUUUUUUUGUUCUUCAGUAGAUUUAUAUCCAAAGAUCAGCAAAGAAAUACAUACAGCAGGGCACACUUGAUAAAGGAGGAGGGGGUUCUUUUACAAGAAAAAAAUCUCACAACUUCAAUCCCAUACAUUCAAGUAGAGAGAGGCGGGGCCUUCGCAGAAGCACAACAUCAGGUCAGCGCUGUGUUCACAGUCAGGCCAGUGGUGUUGCAUUGGUGGCGGUAUUGUGUUGUGCACCCAGUUCUCUCUACAGGGCGUCAGAUCAGAUUCCACUGCCCCUUCGCACCGCAGAUCCUGGAGACGGACUCUGCUCCUCCCGUCGUCACUCCUGUGAUGCCUUCACCGAUGGAGCAUCGACACUUUGCUUCCUGUCCCGACUCGCAGCCUCAACCGGUCAUGACAGGUUGGCGAUGUUGGCAAGGAAGCGCUGAGCCCACCACUCCUCCAGGUCUAUGGGCACAAAGUCUGCACAGAGAGACACACACCAAAGGGGACAAAGGAUUAAUCCAUGUCCUGUGGUUGAUUCAUUUUGUUAAUUAUUCAUUUUGUCAUAAUGAAGUCACAACACCUGAGGGACUGUAGAAGUGCAUUCAAACACUAGCUCAUUGAGGCGUGGGCUUUUGCUUUUAUUUGGUGCUGCAUGUCAUGUUGUUAAAAAUAAUUAAAUGUUUUCUCGUAAUGUAAA